UCAUCUUCUACUUCCUGCGCUGCCUUUUGGCCUUCCUGAGUUGUGUUUGCGAGCUUUAUUUUUACAAGGCAGUGUGCAAGAAGUUUGGGCUUCAUGUGAGCAGGCUCAUGCUGGCUUUCUUGAUUCUUAGCACCGGGAUGUUCUGCUCAGCCUCAGCCUUCCUUCCCAGCAGCUUCUGCAUGUACUGCACCAUCGUAGCCAUGACAGGCUGGUACAUGGACCGAACAUCGUUGGCAGUCCUGGGUGUGGCCGCCGGAGCCAUUGUGGGUUGGCCGUUCAGCGCAGCACUGGGCCUCCCGAUUGCCUUUGACUUGCUGGUCCUGACAAGACGUUGGAAGAGCUUCCUGCAGUGGUCCUUGGUGUCUCUGCUGGUGUUUCUGGUGCCCAUGGUGGCCAUCGACAGCUACCACUAUGGGAAGCUGGUGGUCGCCCCUCUGAACAUCAUCUUCUAUAACGUCUUCACCCCACACGGGCCGGACCUUUACGGGACGGAGCCCUGGUCCUUCUACUUCGUCAACGGCUUCCUGAACUUCAACGUGGCUUUCGUCCUGGCCUUGCUGGCCUUGCCCUUGACCUGCCUGAUGGAGAGCCUCCUGCAGAAGUUCCGUGUCCAAAACCUGGGCCGCCCCUACUGGCUGACACUUUCUCCCAUGUACGUCUGGAUCCUGAUUUUCUUCAGCCAGCCCCACAAAGAGGAGCGGUUUCUGUACCCCAUCUACCCCCUGAUUUGUCUUUGCGGUGCGGUGGGACUCUCGGCCCUCCAGAAAUGUUAUCACUUCGUCUUCCAACGGUAUCGUCUGGAGCACUACACCGUCUCCUCCAACUGGUUGGCGCUGGGCACCGUCCUGGUCUUCGGCCUGCUCUCCUUCUCCCGCUCGGUGGCUUUAUUCAGAGCUGGCAGCUCCAGUUCGUUCCCUCCGAAUUCCGGGGACAGUUGCCCAAGCCGUUUGCCAAGGGCCCUGGGGCCACCCGCCUUGUUCCCACAGACAUGAAUGAUCAGAACCGAGAAGAACCUUCCAGAUAU